CACAGAUUUUUUUUUCAGUUAUGUCUGAACAAACUUCCUCAGUUCUCAGCUUUGAAAUCGAAAUCCAGUUUUCGGAUUUGAUAAGCAAUUCGAAAUCUCGAUACGUAAGAAAUUUAGAGGGAAGAGAAAUGGCGGGAACGAAUCAGUUUUGUAUAUUCUGUCAGAUCAUACGCAAUCCAACCACCAACACUCGUCUCCUUCACGCCGAUGAGAAGGUGGUCGCGUUUCAAGACAUCAAGCCCGCCGCUCAGAGGCACUACCUGGUCAUGUAGAACACAUACCAACAGUGAGAGACCUUCAGAGAAGAGAUGAAGACUACUCAUUGGGUUACUCAAUACAAUACAUCAGUUUCUCAUCUUGUAUUCUUUAUGUAUAAAGGAUUGUUCGUUUUAUGAGCAGUAACUCACAUGCUAAGUGUUGGAAAAGAAAUGUUGCAGAAUGAUGCACCUCAAACCUUACAGAGGUAACGCUUCUACUUCUUGGUAACGUUUUAUCAAGUACAAGUCUUUGGGACCUUUUGGUGGUUUUAUUGAAGCAGAGACACUACUUGCGAAGAUAAGGCCUCUUCAUUCAAAGGUCUAACUGAAGAACGGACUCGCCUAACUUCAUUUCUUGGUGAUUCUCUUAGUCAAAAGAAUGUGCUUCUGUAUAGUAGGUAUUUUCUCUUCUUUUGCUGGCAAAUCUGUUAUGGAAUGCCAAAGUAUGAUUGUCGAUUUUAUAUGCUAAGUUGCAGUUCCUUUAGCGUCUUUGGAUGAUAUCGUGUCUAAAGAAUCUGACCUAACAAACAACAAGGCUUCUUAAUGUUGUUAUGUCUUCAGUAAUUAAUAUUCUUGA